UUAAUCUUAAUGUCUUCAUGAAUGGAAUUACCCCUCUACGUAAUCCGUAUAUCUGGCUUCUUGCCAUGAUAUUGGUAGGCUACUAUGUAUUAACAUGAUUCUUCGAAUUAACAGGCAGUUUCUCCAUCACCUCAAGCCCAUCUGACACUCAUGCUGCAAAUAUGGUUAUAUCAGUGGAUCUAAGCUGGCAUGAGCCAAUUUCCUCGAAUAUCAACAGCCUCAGUUCAGCGAUCAAUGGUACAGGAAUCUAUGGCUUCGUUUUCAAUUCUUCCACUCUACCAGAGGGGACACCAUAUGGAACGUACAACUGGUGCAACAUGCCGCAUGUCCGGCGCACCGAAUAUCCAAAGGUGAACUCUUCGUAUGCCCUCGAAUAUGUCGAGGUAAUUCACCGACAUCACAAGCGCACCCCUUACGCCUCCAAUACCUUCCCCGUCGAGUCCUAUCCAUGGUACUGCGGCGACGAAGGCCUCUUCUACUCCGGCGCCCCCUUACCUGCCCACGGUGCCAAUCAGUCUGCCAACACCUACUGGAGCGUAUACACCUCGCCAUCCAAUCCUUUGGCACCGCGGGGAUUCAACGGAACUUGUCAAUUCCCACAGAUCACCCGCGAAGGGCUUGACGACAGCUGGCAGCAUGGCAAGGAUUUGUACGGCGUCUACCACGACCUACUUGGGUUCCUCCCCAUGAAAUACGAUCCAAAUGUUGUCAGUUUCCGCGUCACGAACAAUGUCAUCACUUCGCAGGUCGCCAGCAUGCUUGUGUCAGGCAUGUUUGGCAGCAAAGAGCAGGAUCUACCCUUGCUAAUCCAGCCUGCGAGCAUCGACAGUCUCGAGCCCGCAUACAGUUGCUCAGCGGCGAGUAACAAAUUCUCAUCGUAUGACGCCGACCCAGGCUGGACUGCUCAUCUAAAGGCUGCCUCUGACCUAUACGCAAAUCUCGACACCAUUUCUGGUGUUUCGCCUACGGAUUCAAGCUUCCACAUGUCCUUUGACCACUACUUUGACAAUCUCUCCGCGCGACUCUGUCAUGCAAAGCCGCUGCCUUGCAAGACCGGCAACCCAUGUCUCUGCGUUACACAGGAGAUGGCUGAGAAGGUUUUUCGUCUAGGGCAGUACGAGUACAGCUACCUUUACCGCGAUGCCGGGGCACGCACGCUUGAGUAUGCUGCUGCUAGUUACGGCAUCUGGAUUGCGGAGUUAGCGCAAAAUUUGCGAGACGCGAUGCAUGCAACUGACUCGGCGAGUACCGAUAACAAGAAGACGAGAAGUGGCAUGAAAUAUCGCCACAACGUUGCCCACGACGGAAGCGUUAGUCGUUUAUUGAGCAUCUUGCAGAUCGAAAAGAUGGUAUGGCCAGGCAUGGGCAGUGAAGUGGUGUUUGAGCUGUAUAAGAGCAAAAAGGACCAGCAAUACUACGUCAGGGUGUUGUGGGGUGGACAAGUGCUGAAAAGUAGCAACCCGACGCUUGGUGUCUUGGAUAUGCUUCAGGCUGAGGUACUUGUUGCCUAUUUUGACGGGCUUGUAGGUCAGGGAGCAAAGAAGAUACCUAGCCUCUGUAGCUUGUAAAGGUUGAACAAGUACCUGUAGGUAUGGCAAUUGCAUAGAAUUUGACCAAGGCCGGGAGAAGAAGGUGCCAAGCUACUAUAUGGCAGCCUAGGCUUCGUUGACCUUACAGGUGGUCGGCGAAAGCGAAGUGCUGCCGAGUCAGAGAUUUAUGUAUGUUCCAAUGGCUGAAAAUCGCAGGUCU